AUGCUCCCGGAAUCACAAAUGGAGUGGCGCAACAUUCCCUUCUCGACAGCGACAGCAGGCCGGCAGAACACUAGAUGGUACAUUGUCGACAGCAUCGAGGUCGACCACACCACCCGGAUCCGCGAUCUCCUGCGCGAUGUCCGUGUGCUCGCUACCAAACUCUCUCAAGCAGAUCCCCUGGCAUUUGGUCUGCUCAAUUGCAAGGGAGUGGUUCCCGUAUCGCGGCAACACGCGGCUUCCAGCGAGAGGGAAUACGUCCGAUUCCAGCUCGUGUUCCGGAUUCCACACGGCAUGGAGGUGCUGCAGUCGCUGCGACACCUCCUUCUCAACUCGGAUGCCUAUCUAUCGCUUUCGCAGAAGGUGCGGAUUGCGCGAGAGCUGACCAAGGCGGUUAACUACGUGCACACAUUCGACUUUGUGCACAAGAAUGUGCGACCAGAGUCAGUCCUCUGCUUUGAGAGCAGCGAGGGAACACCCCGCAGCCAUGCCUUCCUGGUUGGCUUCGACGCCUUCCGUGAAUCAGGCACUGGUACGAUGAUGGGCGGCGACACGAGCUGGGACCGCAAUGUGUACCGCCAUCCGCGCCGCCAGGGUGUGAAUCCAGCUGAACGGUACCGCAUGCAGCACGACAUCUACAGUCUUGGCGUCUGUCUGCUCGAGAUUGGCCUGUGGGAAUCCUUUGUUGAAUAUACAGAUGAGAACGAGUCGGCUGGUCCUUCCCAAACCAAGGUUGGAAAGUCCUACAACCGCUUCCAAGCGUGGCUUAAGAAGAAACAUGGCUCCGUAUCGACUGAAGAUCUCCCCGACAGGCUCAAGGACUACCUGGUUGAGCAGGCUGGCUCACUACUGGCCCCUCGUAUGGGCGAUAGGUAUAUACAGGUGGUAAUAUCAUGCCUGACAUGUUUAGACGACGAUAAUGAGGAUUUUGGAGGGGAGGAAGGACUGAGUGAUGAUUUUGUUGCAGUGCAAUUUAUCGAGAAGGUGAUGAAAUCUAUUGACGAUAUUUCGGUAUAG